GCCCUGGGACCCCCAGUCCCCCCCCAGCUCCAGCUCCAGCCCCCCCGGCACCCCCCAGCCCAGCGAGCUCUUCUACCCCAGCCCGGGCAUCCUUCAGUCCAGCAGGCCCUAUCCCCCCAGUGCCCCCCAGUCCAGCCAGCCCGUCCCCACCAGUAUCUUCCAGUCCAGCCAGCCCGUUCCGCCCAGUGCCCCCAGUCCGGCCACCCCUUUUCCUGCUACCUCUUCCAGUCCAGCCAGCCUUUUCCUCCCAGUAUCCUCCAGUCCGGCCAACCUUUUCCCCCCAGUAUCUUCCAGUCUGGUCAGCCUUUUCCCCCCAGUAACCACCAGUCCAGCUACCCCUUUCCCCCCAGUAUCCUCCAGUCCGGCCAGCCUUUCCCCCCCAGUAUCCUCCAGUCCAGCCAGCCCUUCGCGUCCUUCAGCUUCCCGUGCGUCCUGCAGUCCAGCCAGCCCUUCUCCUACCGCAGCCCCCCCGGCUCCCCAAAUCCUGCCAGCUCUUCCCGGGCAGCCCCCUGUGCCCCCCCCAGUCCAGCCAGCCCUUCCCGUCCUGUGCCCCCCCAUGCCUGCCCCAGUCCAGCCAGCCCCUGUCCUACCGCAGCCCCCCCCGGCUGCCCAAACCUAGCGAGCCCUUCCCCUUCCCCUUCCCCGCCUACUCCCCCCUGGGGGUCCCCCAGUCCAGCAGACCCUUCCCCUUCUGCACCCCUCAUUGCAUCGCCAAGGCCACCGAGCUCUUCCCUUGCUACGUCCCCCCCCAGCCCAGCAGACCCCUCCCCAUUUACACCCCCCUGCACGUCCCCCAGUCCAGCAGACCCUUCCCCUCCUCCAGCACCCCUCACGCCCUCUCCCCGUGCACCCCACAAUCGCCGGACCCCCUCCCUCACCACCCCCUGCAGCCCACCCGGCGCCGCGGCUCUUUGUCCCCUCGCCUGCACGUCUGGGGGGUCCCCUCCCCACCCCAAAACCCCGCCACGCCCUGAGCCGGCCCCGCUCCCCGUCCCCAGCUGCCGCGGGACCCCCGUCCCCAUGGGGGACGCGCCGGUGCCGGAGCUGGAGGCGGUGCUGGAUGGAGGCUCUUGGGACGUGGGGACAACUUUCGAGGGGUCCCCCGCGCCCCCCGGGCCCGUCCGCCUGGGCAGGAACGUUUGCUACGUGGUGCUGGCCGUGCUCUUCAACCAGGAGGACGCGGUGCUGCUGGUGCAGGAGGCCAAGCCCGAGUGCCGGGGGCGGUGGUACCUGCCCGCGGGCCGGAUGGAGCCCGGCGAGGGCAUCGUGGCCGCGCUGCAGCGGGAGGUGAAGGAGGAGUCGGGGCUGGAGUGCGAGCCCCUCACGCUGCUGGCGCUGGAGGAGCGGGGCCCGGCCUGGAUCCGCUUCGCCUUCCUGGCGCGGGCCACAGGUGGGACCCUGAAGACCCUCGAGGAGGCCGACGCCGAGUCCCUCCAAGCCACCUGGUGGCCCGGGGACCCCCGCGCGCUGCCGCUGCGCUCGCUGGACAUCCUGCCCGUGCUGGACCUGGCCGCCCGCUACCGCCGGAGCCCCCCGCACCCCCCGACGCUGCCGCGGGAGUUGCCCUGCUCGCCGCUCUGCCUGCGGCUCCUGCUGCCCUUCGCCAACACCGCCGGCGACCUGUGGGUGCUGCUGGCCACCGCUGGCACCCCACACCUGCCCGUGGUGGCCUGUGGCACGUCCCCCUCCGAGCUGCGCGCGGGGCUGCGCCCGCCCCUGCUGCGGCUGCUGCGGGACUGCCUGGCCUGGGACCCGCAGCCCGGAGCUCUGGGGCUGCUGGGGCUGCAGCACCGAGCUGGGGGGUCCGGGGGGGCCGAUGGCAUCUGCUUCAACGUGCUGCUGAGCAUCCCCCCGGGGAGCCAGCGGGACGAGCCCCCCGAGCCCCGCGACCCCGCGCUGCGCUGGUGGCCCGUGCGGGAGGAGGGGCUGCGGGGCCGCAUCCUGCAGAGGCUCCGAGCCGCGGUGCCCGUGCGGAGUUAGGGCCCGAAAAGGCUGGAUUUGGGAACGGGAGACUGAGCGGGACACUCAGCCCGGGGUCCUGCUGGCCGUGGCGAAGGGGGAAGCCCCGGGAUGUGCUGCCCGUGGAUGGGGGGUGC